AAAAUGAGUGAAAUACUAGACCAACUGCUCAUGGAAGAUAUUGCCAAAUACUGUCCCCAGCCAUUUGUUCAAUAUCACCAGUGUAUUUCACAGAACCAUGAGAAUCCAAUGAACUGUUUGGAGAAACAGCAACAACUAGCAUCGUGUAUCAAGAAAGAUGUUCCAGCUUUCCAAAAGAUCAUGGUGCAGUGUAACGACAUCAUGAUUAAAUACCAGACGUGUCUGCAGUCAAACCUCGAGAAACAAAGCGUAUGUCUACCGCUGUUGAAAGACAUCAGGGAGUGUGCAUCUGGCUGUGUUGACAUGCACACCACCUCUAUGAAUGAGUUGAAAUGAAGCACCCGUCCCCAUGCCAUGGACUCCAUGCAACUGAUGGAGAGGGCAUCCAUUGCUGGAGGCACACACCCGGACACCGCGAAAACACCCAGACAUCCCAAAAACCCGCUGAGAAUGCCGAGGAAGUUGGCCAAAUCACAUUCCAUAGUCGUUUCUUUCUCUUAUCAUUCCCUGUAGUUGGACACAACAAACAACAACAAAACGUACAGACAACAUAUGCCAAAACGCGGGAAACGAAGGACUAAAAAGGACAAAAAACGCUCCCCCUCCCCCCUCCAGCUGUUGAAGUUAACGGG